AUGAACGGAUCAACGCUGACGACGGCCGCUCCGGCUGUCAAACCCAGCCCGAUCCACCGUUCUCAUUCCUCGCCAGACCUGUUUCUCGAUGCAGCCCCGCUGACAAAGUCCUCGCUGAGUAUCAGCUCCCCAAACGAGUUCGACCAUAGUUUCAGCAAAGCCGUCACCGCCCAGAGUGAUCCCAAGUCCACGGCGGGCACUCAGAGCUUCGAGGUGCCUUCUUUCGACUUCGGUUCAGACGUCGAGACCCAUCUGCCCUUCGAGUCGAAACUAUCCAAGCCCCAGGAGGUCCAGCCGGAUGACAAGGCAGUAAGCCCACGCUGGCCAAGCAAGCUUCUGGAGCCUAUGGCUGUUCCGAAGGCUGCUACGACGAAGUCGAGCCGGUCCAAGUCGAUCGCGGACCGCCCACGCUCAUGGUUACCGAGUAAAUCAGUGGACGGAACCGAGAAGACUUCGGUGUUGAAAAAGGCGAAGAAGCCAGACGACAAGGAGAGGGCGAAAGACGAGAAGGAUGUUGGCAAAACCACCGAAAAACCCGAGACGCCGAAGCUCCUCACAACUAGGGACAGGUCUUCAUCGUUUGCAGACUUCGCCCGGAAAUCCUGGAUCGCUUCCUCGAGGUCGCCGUCGCCCAAACGAGAUGGAGAGAGGAAGGCAUUGUCGAAAGGUGAUGAAACCGUAGCGGAAGCCGAGGCACCAAAGAAAGAUGCGUCGCUCUUAUCGCCCAACAAGCUCAGUCGACGCCGCCUCACAGCCAGCAGCCCGAGUGGGAGCGAGAGGAGCAAGUCGUCAGAUUCACUGAGCAGCACCAGUCGCGCUCUGAACCGCGCCAGUGUUUAUUUUGGAAAGAUCAAGCAGAAACCAUCUCCAGAUACAUCGAAAGACGGUACCCACCUGGUAGUGCCCUCCCAAGCGUCGCCCUACAAAAAUGACGCUGUUUCCCCAGCGGCAUCGUUAGGUACACCAGAAAAGUUAAAUCCGCGUCUCUCGUCGCAAACUGCUUUGUCCUCGACUUCGGACACCAGCAGCGGUGGAACUGGCAGCACAGGUAUCACGGAACCCUCGCAACCCUCAGAGACCAUGGCACAGAGGUCACAACCGCUACGCGACCCCCUAUGGGCAGCCUUCCGGCGGCUCGACUCCGAAUUCGCCAUCUUCCUGGGCAAGACGUCCACAGCUCAGAGGGUCCUUGUUGCUCGGAACACGCUGAUACCUUUCCUUCGGAACCAUGGCAACCAUACCUCCAACAAGGACAACCACCUGCUUUCUCCGGAAGAUAUUGAUAGGCGGGCGACAAUCUUGCACAAGUGGUGGAACGGCUUGCUAGACCUGCUCGACGGGUCUGCUGUCAAGAACGCUGGAGGGCCAGCCAUGAGCUUCGCGGCCAUCCAGGCGAACAACUCAACCACCGCGAUGCAGCCCGUGUCAGGGGUGGAUAGGCCAGGGCUCCUCGAGCUUAUAACAUUUAUCAUGAUGCGACCUGAGUGGAGACUGAGUACGCCUGGCUUUCGCCCUCUCAAGGAUCGAUCUCCGAACGAAGUUGUGCGCGGUCGCACCGGCACUCAGGACUCCACUGAUUUCAUCGCCGAGUCCGCCGAACACAACGUGCGGACUAUGUUCGUCAACAACCUGCUGACGCAAAUGUCCAUCGUGGUAGAGAAAAUGUCCAGCAGGCAUGCUCCCGUCUCACUGGUCACAUUCUGUGGCAAGGCUUGUGCAUAUGCGUUUUUCUUCAUUCCAGGGAUCGCCGAGGUGCUUGUCCGUCUCUGGGGUCUUACGCCGGAUCUACUGAGAAGGGUUGCAGACGAGUUCAAUUUGCCGAGGAGGAGCAAAGGUGAAAGCGAAGAUAUUGUCUCUUUGUUCCCGACGACGUUGCAUAAGCUUGGCUGGACUUCCGUCAAGACAAUGACGGAUAAUUUGCGACUCACGACGAAGCUGUCUUUGGUAGCCGCCAAAAUCCCUUGGCAUGGCCCUUGGAUUUCCAGAUGGCGUGGUGGCGAUACCGAUCUCUUCUUCAUCUUCUGCAAGUACUACUAUAUUCUGGCAGAGGACUUCAUGCCCAUGGAUCUGCCGUUGUUCGAGAAGGCGCGCGCGCCAGCAUACGCGCUCAUACACGCACAGCUGCUGAGCGUACUGGACACCACCAUCCACCACCGCCAGGCCGCGUUCGAAAACAUGAUGGCACCAAACGUGCUGGACUCGGCAAAUGGUGCCGAUGCGAUGGCCGCUGCUCUGGCUCAGUUGCCGCCGAGCAACCUCCUAAGGGGCAUGGACGAGAAUCGACUGAUUGUGCUGCUGAAGGACAUGCUCGGAGACAACGCAGUCGGUGGGCUGGAAUCCGGUGCCAGGCAGACUUUUGCCACGGCAUUCAUGGGCAUCCUGAAAGCGGCAACUAAGAAGACGCCUGUCUUCAAGCAGGCCCCUGUCCUUGUGCUUGUCGAUUUUCUACAAGAGGUUUUGCAGGCAUUCGAUACCUAUGCCGGAUACAGCGAUCCCAGCAUCAAAGGCCGACCGGAGGAGGCGGCCGUCGCCAUGGAUCAUGUAGACUGGAACUUCUGGCUCGAUGUCUUCCACAAAAUUCUUUUUGAGUCCAACAGCACCAUGUCGGAAAUUCGAAUACUGUCGUUUCUGUAUUCGACAUGGGAUGUCCUCGCCGCCGACCCCACCAGGAAAGAGAAGCUAUGCAUUGGCUGGUUACUCUCGGAGGAGGUGUUUGACAAGUUCUUUAACAAUUACACACCCAUGGUGCGUGCUUAUUUCAUGCGCCUGCUGUGCUGGAGGAUAUGUCGCGAUCAAGGGAACGCUAAUGAGCUGAAUAUGAAAAUAUUUACGCUUGUUUCCGAGCGGCUCAAACAGGUAUGGUCGCACUAUCUCUGGCUGAAGCAGGACGCCGAAUUGUCGAACAAGCUGCUUCCUUCGACCGCGCCGUCCCACCCACAGCCCGGUAAACGAUUCAUGAUCAUUCGCAUGGAAAUGACGCCUCCUCAGACUGGCUUGCUGCAAGCUGGAUUCGACACAAUGAAUGGCACUCUAGGCUUCGGAGGUAUCGACUACAGCAGCUCCGGGUCAGGCGACAGCAGCGACAGCUCGCACGAGCAAGGCGAGGGAACGUACAAGAAGAGGUGGUCAAUUUUCGGGAAGAUGUUGAGCUUCGCGUCGACGAGUGCUCCUGGAGGCUCCGCUACUGCGAACGCGCCCAGACGUAAUAAUUCAUCGGACGAACUCGAAGCAGCGCGGCGUGCCACAGCAACAGCACGAUCCGGGCCUCCACCGCCGCCCAAGGGCUCGCUGCCUGAAUCCGAUGCUUCCUCGACUGGUUCCAGCCCUGUGUAUGAAUCAACUCAAUUUGUCUUCAAGUUCACCCUGGGCGCUCUCCCAUGGAACCCCGGGCCAGACAUGAUGGGCCAUGCCGGAAGUUUAUUGUCGAUGCUUCCGCGUGAGCGCGUGCUGACGAGGCCGCGCCUGCCCGCUCCAGCUCAGGCAAGAGUCAGCGCCCGAGCGGCAUCGACUGGCGGGCGAACCGACAGCCCACCACCACCAGCUGCAGGCUUGCCUCCUCCGGAGAGAAUGUACUCCGGACUAUCCCAGGGCGGCUUGAUAAGCGAGGCCCGCAAUGCUGUCACCAAUGAGGCCGAGAACGAAGACGCGGACAAGGACGGUAGCCUCUCUUCCUUCUUCCCUAACCUGCCACCAAUCGAGCGCGUGACGAGUGUCGAGUCCAAUAAUGGCGAGUCCAUCCAGAGCACAGCGUCUGAAGACAGCAUCCGACUUGAGAUCCCGCGGGGCAGAUCCGAAAUCGAACGGCAGGUCGUGCAGCCUGUGCAACCCACCGGCUUCUGGCGCCAGCGGGCGACCUAUACCGGGCGCGCUCUGGCCGAGUGGGGCAUUGUCGUGAACGAGUGCAACUCAUUCGUGGAGAGGCGUCGUGACGAGGGCGUGUGUGGGCUGCAAGAGGUCGAGGUCCCCAGUCUUGGUGUCGAAAACCUGCGGCGGAUGGGCUAG